CCAACGAUCAAAAGAACCGGGAGAUGCCCAUUUACCACCUGCCGCUGGUGGACACCGGCAGCGGCGGGGCCCGGCAGCGGGACGUGGCGCUGAUGAAGCCCGUGCAUGUGGGCAGCAGAGAGGAGGAGCUGUUGGAGAACUGGCGAGCCAUCCUGGGGAUGGGCAUCCUGGAGACCGAGUGCGGCAGGCCGCUGUUCUCCACACACUCCGGCCUGUGGAGGAAGUGCUACUUCAAGGGCCUGGACCCGGACAUCGACAAGCUCAUCGACCGGGGUAUCGCAGAUCGCUGCACAGCUGUCAAGUAUCACUUCUCUCAGCCAAUCAGACUGAGGAACAUCCCUCUGAACCUGACCAGGACCAUCCAACAGGACGAGUGGCACCUGCUGCACUUGCGGAGGAUCACAGCAGGGUUCCUGGGCAUGGCAGCGGCCGUUCUCCUGUGUGGGAGCAUCGUGGCGUCCGUCGGGUUCUUCUGGGAGGAGAGUCUGACGCAGCACGUGUCCGGACUGCUGUUCCUCAUGGCAGGGAUCUUCUGCACAAUCUCUCUGUGUACGUACGCAGCCAGCGUGACCUACGACCUCUCCAGGAAUCCUCCCUUCAUCUAUGGUCUGCCAGCUGACGUGGACCACGGGUACGGCUGGUCCAUCUGCUGCGCCUGGGCCAGUCUGGGUCUGACCGUGGCGUCCGGCUGCCUCGGGACCACCUUCCCCUUCCUGAGCCAGGCCGGAGCUCUGCGAUCCAAAACUGCCCGCGAGUCCUCCGUCUGAGCUGCCGGCUGCCAAUCAUUGAGAGGAGGAGGAGUUUUGAGCGGGCCGCAGCAGGUCCGGGACAGACUGUUGGAGGCAGGGCUUCGGCCUCCAGGUGACGUUAAGGAGUUAAACGCCUGUUUCUAAAACGUGUUGCGUGAU